CCUUGAGAUGCGGGUAAAAAUUUGUUUUCAUUUUAAUUACAACUGAGCUAGCUAGAGGUAAAUCGUGGGAUUCCCAGAAGUGAAGGUUAGGUCUCACAACAAUAAUUUGGCGCCCAAAAACGUGGGGCAAUUUCAGGGAAACGCGAAAGUAGGUAAAAAUUUUGUAGGUAAAUUCAGAUUAGGGUUGUUUUGUCGUUCGGGUAAAAAGUUAUUUUGGUACCCAGACAUGUCAUUUUUCAGGGAAAAGAGGUGUCCAUUGUGGAGGUUAAUUGUUAUAGGAAUUUGUAGGAUGCGUAGGCGUAGGAACUUGUUAAAAUGUGACAGGAAGAAUUUGGUAGGGUGUUUUUGCAAUUUAAAUUAGAUUAGGAUGUUUAGGAUAGGAUUAGUUACGGGGUAGGUAGUGUUAGAAUUAGUGUUAGGAUUUUUUUUUGGAACGUGAUUUUUAUUCAAGACGAGAAGAAAGAAGAGUUGUUCACGAUGGGAGUGUCAUCUAUUCAGGCAGCGAAUUUUGCGGUGUUUAUAGAAGCGAUAAGGGAGUUGAAGAAGGAUUUGGGCGAAAAAAUGGAUGAAAUGAAAGAGGAAAUCAGACAAGACAUAGAAUUAAUGAGAAAGAAGCGAUCAAAUGAGAUGGUAAUUAAAGAAGAAGUUGAAGUUAAGGAAGAAGUCGAGAUUGAAAAAGUUCAUAGGCAAGAUGAAGAAGUCGUACAAGAGAAAGAAGAUGAAGGGAUUUUAGUUGAAAAUAGGGUUGAAGUAGGUAGUUAUUUUAUUGCAGGAACUGGUAGGGAACCAGAAUUGAAGGUGAAGUUGUAUUGCGUGAAUUAUAGGAAGUUUGAAAUAGAAGAUGAGAAUAGGGAUUUGAAUUAUAUAAUAGCGAAGAGUUUUGUGGAUAAUAAGAUUUAUUGUAGGGGUAGAAAUUUACAGGCGAAUUUGUUUGAGAUUAAGUAUGUGAAAGGGAGUAAUAGUUUAAAAAGGAAUAAUAAUGUAUGUGUGGACGUUUUAUCAAGGAAAGGAAUAGGCGGGAAGGAGAUAGGAACUAAUUAUGAGAUUUUAGAUAACCAGAUAAGGGAGAAUUAUUUUCAGGAUUUUUGGAGGAAUUUUUAUUAUGAUAGGGUAGUAGGAGACGUAGAAUUGGAAUUAUCGAUUGAGAAUGAAGGGAAUUUGUGUAGCUUUGAGCAGGAUGAGGAUUGUAGGAAGCAGGAUAAGAUUAAAAGAGUUAGGAGUAGUGAGUUUUUGGAAGUAGUAGGCAUUGAUUAUUUGAAUAAUUUAAUUAUGAGUGAAAAGGGUAAACGGAUUGUUGUAAUUGAAGAAUUAAGAGAUUAUGUUAUGUGUGGGAUUUUUAUAGAGAAGCCCUGGAUUAAUUUAGAAAAGGGGGGAGGAAAAGAAAAGCGAGAAUGGAAAAAGUUUAGGAAAAAGAUUAGGAAUGAUAGGGAUGGUUCCCAGGCGUAUUUGGUUGACAGUACAGUGCGACAGUUUGAUUUUUGAUUUAAUUUUAGAUUAGGGAUGAUAGGUUAGGUUAACUGCUGGAAUAGGUCGGACCUAGGUUGAAACAAUGCCGAAGAUGGUUCGAUCUAUCCGGCAUUUGAAUAGUUAGCUAAGGGUUGGAGAGUUACAGUAAAUUAGUGGUAGUUCUUAAAAUUUUAUACUAGGAUGUUGAAAUUUCUCAGGCUCAGCUGGUGACGUCACCGUGCGGGGUUUCAGUAAUGACUAGGGAGCUGUGUUAGGCGAUCGUGUCCGAAUACCUAAAGCAGGUCCCGAAGUUUUUUUAAAGUUUUAAUUGGUAAAUUGAAAAAAAAAAAACCCUGUAAUUCCAAUAUUUUGUUUUGUUUUCAUAGUCAGGGGAGGAUUGUAAUUUUGUGUUUUUGUGUUCAAUUUAAA